AUGGAGCUGAGACUUGUUAUGGUUGACCCUCGUCCCUCUGCGAAGUUGAGCAGCGUUACAUCAAAAGACAGCAACUGUUACAAACGCCAAAGUCAAGAAGUUCAAGAUAAGAAAACGUCACCGGUAAUUAUACACACAUUCAACAAUACUGCAGCUCUAAAAUCAUCUGGUAUGGAAUGCAGGAGAGCUGGGGGGUCAAGAAACAUGGUCACUAAACCCAAAAACGGCAUCAAAGGCGAAAGACAACCUCAGUGCAUAGGGAAAAAAUCGGCGUUUGAGUCGCUACCGCCGGUUCCGAGAGCUAGAAAGGCCAACGGUAACUUUGAAAAGACUUUGACGUUCGUGAGUUCUGUUGUGGGUGACUUCAAUCUGGAAUAUGCAAAUGCAUGGCAGUCGUCGCUAAAUUUUGACGGAAAUAAGCCUCAACGACCUUUGUUCCGCAUAGCCAAUAGAAAGUUUCGAAGGCCGUCUAUCAAAAAGGACGGAUCUCUGGGAACAUCAAAUGUAAUUGAUCCUAAUUUCUCUUUUUCAUACAACUCACUCAAUCUUAGGGAGGGCAAGAAUUCAAAGCCGCGGACAACGUCGUUCGACACAAGUCCGCUGUUCAGAGUCAGCUAUAAUAAUCGGUGA